AACACUGUGGGAAGAGCAGAGACAAGGAUCAAACACCCGGUAACAUUGAGAAAGACAUGCCCGAAGCGGUGGAACCGCUGGGACUGCAAAUGUAUAGAUCGAACAGGGAGACUAAAAGUGAGAAAGACCGUGGUUUGGAGGUUGGACCACAACCUAUCACAGCAUCCAGCCUUGAAGAAUAUUGUCUUUCUGGGGGGAGGAUGUUGCCCCCACUAGUUGAAGAUUUCAUAGGUUCUGUGAAGAUCAAUAGAGUCGGAGAUGGACGGGGCAGGGGAUUGGUUCUCUCGAGCAAUGUAGCAGCUGGAGACGUUCUUCUAAUAUGCAACCCGAUUGCAAUUGCGAGUAAAGUGGAGACGGAAAUUGUGGAAAGCAAUCUGACUCUAGAAGCUGGAAGUUACACGGGAAGCCAUGUACUAGCAGGGCAGCUGGUAGAAAUCCUGACACAGGAAGCAUGGCGAUCCUCCCACAUUCGAGCCAUGCUGGCCACAUUAUGCAGCCGGGGCGGCGAAGAGCUUCCCGUUCCACCAAUCAGCCUAUUCCGCCAAGAAAAAAUAGCAAAUCAGACACCACCACGGGAUCCAGUGCCAGCAACGACCGCCUUCCCGCAGAACGAAAUCGCGCGACUCUGCGGCAUAGUGCAGUGCAAUGCAUUCGGCCACACGCAGGUCACGAGGAAGAACGCCAGGGACAUCACGCGGAGCUGGAGCUGCGGCCUGUGGAUGCUCCCUUCCUUCAUGAACCACUCGUGCACACCGAGCGUCGCAACGGUGGUGAUCGGCAACGCCAUGAUCAUCGUGGCCGCACGGGAUCUCAAGUGCGGCGACGAGCUCACGGUGGCCUACUUCGACAUCUUCCGCCCGCUGCAAGAGCGCCGCGCCAGCAUGCUUCAUAGCUGGAACUUCAUGUGCUCUUGUCCUCGCUGUGCUCUUGAGGCGCGCAUGGAAGACGCCCUGCGCUUGGUGGCCCGCGCCUACAGCCUUCGCGAGACGGAGGCCGCCAUUACCGUCCAAGUGCAGCAUAUCGCCAAGCAGCAACAAAGCCAAUGGCACAAAUACUCAAGUCCAUACUCCGUAAUCGACCUGGCGCAGCUUGCUGAGUACAUCGAGAACGUUCUAUUCCAGGAGCGCGGGCUCACACGCGACGAACGGAACUGGAUCCGCGCUUCGUUCCUCUCCGCUUACCUGGCCGACGGGCGUCGCCUCAUCGUCGACGUGCGGGGGAUGGACGAGCCGCGUCGGCGGAAGCACGUCCGCAAGACGCACAUUCAAAUGGCGCUGGCUGCGGCGAAGUCAGUGACGCCGGGACACCCGCAGACGCUGCAGAUUGCCGCCGUGGUUCUAAAGCGCACCAUCCAGGCCUUUGGGAAGCAUUCUUUGUUUGUGGAUAAGGCCCGCAAGCGCGCGCUUGCGAUCUGCUUGCGGCUCUUUGGACCCCAUCGCGAGCAUGUCUUGGAGAAGAUCAUUCACGCCGCGGCCUCCGAUGUUUUGUCGUCCAGCGUCGUGUUUCUCAGUCGGCCGUGACGUCCGUUCGUUCGUCAGUCAGUUCGGUCGUCGCAUCCCCUCUCCUCCCCCGUCCUGUUGCCAUUACUUGUCUGCAUUCCUUCAAACUAAAAUGCGGGAUUUAGGGAUCCUAAUUUUUAUCCAGUAUUGUAUUCCUCCGAAAUUCGUUUCGAACACGUGGAUUUCGAGCCCAGAGCAUGCAAAUAAAUAAAAACAAUUAAUUAAAUAAUCUAGCGAUGUUCCUAUGUUGUAAUUGUGUCUAUGGACUGUGAUAAAUUGCUAAUAAAAUAAAGGCUGCUCAUUUAAGAUCAAGAAGAGAGUACAGCUAACUUUCAAA